GAAAUGCCUUGAUCAAAGGCACAGUUGGAAUUGCCUCCUACAACCAUUGGACGGAUGAGUGCAGGCCUAAUACCCACCAGCCAUACUUUGCAUUCACAGUCCGAUCUCAGACCAAAGAGUACAAGUUCUCCCUUACCAAUGAUUGCCACAGGGAGGUUUCUCUUGCUUUGCGGUAUCUCCCGACCGGUGGCUCAUGGAGGUCAGUGUGUUGGUACAACAUCAGGUCGGGAGAAACCAUUACUCCCAGUGAUGCCGAUGGCAACACCUUGAGAACCACCAACGGUGUCUGGUAUUUCUAUGCUGAGACUAGUUCCCUUACCUGGCGAGGCACCGACAACACUCGCACUUGCCGGGGUCGGUCAUUGGGCAUGCGCAAGAUGACCGAGGUUUGGGGGUCCAAGCUGACUCUCCGCUUGACAUGCAACAGCCGGAGAAGGUUGAGCGAGAACGAGACAUCGAUGUCCAAUGACGAGAUGCCAGAUCAGCAACUCUGUCUCUUGGCCGAUGAUGGCUUGGAAGGCACCGUUGAAAAUGACGCAGAUGCCAUGGAUGUGUUGGCCUUCCCCAACCAUGAUGAGGAUGAAGGAGUUGGCGUGCCCGUUUGUACUGAGAUCGAAGAUAAGGAUUCUCUUGGUGUGCCCUUUUCAAAAGAAAAUGGCCUUGCGUUUCAGGGCUUCGGCAGCAAAGCCUUGCCCCGCAACCCAAGAAAUCAGACACAUGUGACAAAUGAUGAGGGUGAAGUGAUCCAGGAACCUUCAUGUGAUGAGACGUGUGUGGCCAUCGAAGAGUCCUCCCAAGAGCUUCAGAAGAAACUCGCGAAGAUCAAUGAUCGCAGACUGGGCGAAGUCUUGGUGUAG